CAGAGUGGGGCAGUGGAUUGGGCUCCCCUAGGGCGAGUGUGUGGAGUGGAAAAUUGUGUGGAAAGAAUCCUGGAAGACAAGUGGUGGAAGAGGAACUGGUGAGAUGAAGACCAUCAGGAGGAAAACCAGAGUAAAGAGCUCCAUGUCUAUUACCCGCUGUGCAACAUGGCACAGUAAUACUGGGCUGUGCAGUACUGGUUGGUAUUCUGUCAACAUUCUCCGUUUCCUAGUCUCAAGGAACAUCUUGCAAGUAUAAGAAUGCUUCUAAAUAUUAGUCUUAGAAUUCUGAGAUUCUGUGUUUUCUCCAGGCCGAAUUAAUCCUCCCUGAUGGAGCCCCCAGAGUAAAUCUCUAUGCCCUCUUUUAGUAAAUGCGUGAAUUACCCUGGUCUUUGUUACUGGUGGUGUCUCUUCUCCAGAGACAUGGGGGACUACUGACACAUUUAUUUCGCAGCUCUUAGCAAUGUAAUAAUUGAUCCUGAACAAGUUACUUAACUUCUAUAAGCCCAACACCUUCCUUUGCAAAACGAGAAUCACACGCUUUUCAUAAGGAAAGUAUAUAAAGUGCAAAAAGAGUGCUUAACACAGCGUCAGGAAUAUCAUCAGUGAUGAAAAAAUUGGUACCUACUGGUUUUAAACAGCUAUCCUGAGGCCAGUGCUUUUGAUCCGUGCACAAAAGGAACGUCCUGUCCAACUCCUGAAACCAAGAAGUCGAACUCCGCCCUCCUCGUUCGGUCACUUGGAGAGCCAGAUAAAAAUCUCAGCUUAACAGCUACUCCCAACCUGCAGCGGGCCAAGCCUCGGUUUGGCCCUUCCAGAGACUACAAAUCCCAGUGUGCCGCGCUCUUCCGCGUUGGCCCGCCAGUGGGUACCGCUCCGGGCACCGCCUCCGCUCUUUGCUCCCGCCGCGGGCGCGCGAUGGAGACCGGGAGCUGGUUGCUCGGCAGCGAGUUCGAGGAUUCGGUGUUCGAAGAGGGGCGGGAGCGGCGGGCUGGACCGCCCGCGCCCUACCGCGCCAAGCUCUGCGAGCCGCAGUGGUUUUGCGAGGAAGCGGAGAGCAGUGACGACGCUGAAGCCCUAACUAUCAAGAAAUUCAGAGGGGACCUGGCCUACAGACGGCAGGACUACCAGAGAGCCCUGCAGGAAUAUUCCAGUAUCUCUGAAAACCUACCACCGACGAAUUUUGCCAUGAAGAGGGACGUGCAGGAAGGCCGGGCCCGGUGUCUGGUGCGCCUGGGGAGGCACGCGGAGGCCCUGGAGAUCGCUGCAGACUUGGAAACCAGGGCGACCAACACCGACCACUUAACCACCGCGCUCCUCCUGCAGCUGGCCGUCCAGGCGGGCGGGCCGGGCUCGGGGCCCGCCGUCUUCUGCCUGCAGAAGCUGAUUUCUCUGCACCCUUUCAAUCCUUGGACCUGGGGCAGGCUGGCCGAGGCGUACCUGAGUCCGGAGCCAGACCUCUCAGCGUUACCCGCGUCACCUCACACACAGAACAGCCGCACCUCAAGUGACAAAACGACCAACUCCUCCUCCCCACACUCAGGAAAGGACUGUCUUUUGUGUUGCCCUGAGACGUUGCCUGAGAGCUCUGUGUUUUCCAUGGAAACGAGCAGCCGGAAUAAGCAGGGGAAUGAGAAGGCUCUUCCUAGCGUUCAAGACGCUGCUGUAGCAGCACAGAGGGAAGCAGCGUUGCUAGAGGCUCGGAUGAAAGCGUGUGCCUCUCUCAUACGAACCAGGCUUUUGCUUCAGCUCUGCCAGUCUCAGCAAACCUCUUUCGCUCUGGAGAGGAACCUGAGGACCCAGGAGGAAAUUGAAGAUAAAAUGAAAGGGUUCAGCUUCCACGAAGACACUUUGCGGCUGAUAACUGAGGUUAUGGGAGAAGACAUCGUCCCAGAAAAAAUAAAAGAGGAAGUUCACAGCGAGGUGAAGUGCGUGGGCUCUGCAGCCCUGAGCUCCGUGGUGAUGAUUGCAUCUUCGAAAGAAUUUGAAGACAAGUGGUUCGGCAGGAUCAAAGACCACCUCUGUUCCUCGGAACGUCAGCUCUGCGCACAGAUGCCAAUCUCCGCUCCGUAGCCCCCUGGAAAACAGGACAUCCAGCACGGCUCACUGUCCUUGUGGACCUCAGAGAGAAUCCACGGCUGAUCAUGGAAUAUAGUGGAUUGAACACGAUUAU